GUUCGUAGUAAACAUUAGCCGCGUUCACGAUGGCGUUGUUAUUAGAGUGACAUCGAGCCAGUUUUACCAGUAAAUAAAGAUGCCGCAAUGGUCACUCCAACACCCUUCGAUGUAUUUGCAGAGGACAGGUUUAAAAAAUGGCCAUAUCGUUUAUAUUUCCGGAUAAAACACACAGAGCAAAGCGGAUCCACGGAGCGGAUUACGAGCAACGGCAAAACAUAUAUCGGGAUGUCGAGGAAUUAGGACACUGAAAAACAUCGUGACAUACCUCGCACAACCAAAUAGGAUGAAAUCCUGGACACAAGAGAGAGAUAGAGGGAGAUCUCACGUCUGUGUAUUACCAUCCUUUUGAUGUCCUUCUCAAAGCCAGACCUUGUUGAGCUUACAUUCCUCGCUGCUGUAAGCACAGGGAGGUAGAAGCUGUAAAUUUUGACAACUGAACAGGCAACUGCUGCAGAGUCCUCAUUAGGAAGGAAUGUCUCUUCGCUUUUGUAAAGUCAAAGUGAAGUGAAAUCGUAUUAUUAAACGAGAUAUGCGUGUGUGCCGCGGAGAAUAAUUCUUUUUACAAGCCGACAUUUUUCUGAGAAAGCAAUUAACGAUAAGCCGGUCUUGUGAGCUUUUCCGGUGGCGCUGGAAGUGACCCGCUACGAAGCGAUACCGUCGCCCUGAUAAAGAAGCGUCAAAAACGUCUUUCAACUCAUUUUGCCCGCCCGCUGUUAAUCUGUUAUCUCGUGCUGCCUAAUGCAGCCGUCGGGUAUAAUCUAGCUGCGGUUGAAUAAUGUCUUACUAACCCUGUUUUUAGAGAGACGUCGGCCAAACGUUGCCUGGACCUACUUCUACUAAUUUGCAUAAGAAUAUAAACUGCAGUUCUGAACGAAAAUCUGUGCGAAGAAUAAUCACGUGUAUAGUACUGUAUUCGCGGGAUGUAUUUAGCGCAGAAUAAUCGAAAUUGCAAAUUAACGUGUAUUACACAGUAGCGGUGCACUGAUGUUCCGAUAUUUCAUAAAUUAUUACAGAACGCGUGAACUUUGACUCCUUCUAUAUACAAAGGUGCGACACAUUCUCAAGAUCGCCGCCACCUCUUAUUGCCGCGUCGCGACUGAUCGAAAGGGUUAAUGUCUUAAUUCCUGGUCAGCAUCACGGACGGGUCAUACGUUACUACUUGUGUAACUUACAAAUAAUGCGGUCGCAGUGGUUGCGGUUUAGCGAUUGAUCGAAGCACCGAUUUUUGCGGCGUUUGCGAACAUUUCGCUGUAUCACGAUGCAGAUAGGCGAGCGAUCGGUGAACUCACCCUCAUAUGUGAAAGCUACCCAAGGAGUUAAUCACCUACACGUAUUCUUGCGAACACGGGAAACCGCAUAUGCCUUCUCGAUUGCGCUUCAACAGACCACAGUGUAGUAAACAGUAGCUUCAUGUGACCACGACUCGAAAUUUUUGGUCUGGACACCCCAGUCAAACCAAGAUCUCAAUGUUGCUUAUGGAUAUAUAAAAAUCUGAAAAAUACGAUGUCUUUUUUCUAGAUAUUUGGACUUAAUGAUAAUUAUUUGACAAAACUCUCUUACAAUAUUUUGUAGAACCUCCCAUGAGAACAUAUAAGGCUGUCCAAAUAUUUGGAAUCCAAUUUUAAAAUAUCACUCACAACUCUUGGAUAACAAACUACAAAAUAACAUGUUCUGUUAAAGUGACAUAAAUUGGAUCAACGAGACGACCUCAAGAAGAUUGUUUCAGUCGAAUGCAGCAGAUUCAUGUUUCAGGUUUCCAACGAGAUUCGAGCCUUCACGAGGAAGGAAAAGAGGGAAGGAGAAAAGGAGAAGAUGGAAAGUGGUGGAAGCGCAAAGGAACAAAAUCGCGGGGGUGGGGCAAGCGAUGUAUGAUGCGGGAGAGUUUGACCCCUCCACCUGCUUCCCCAACGAGAAGCUCCGCCUCCAGAAACUCGAAUGACGUCACACGGACACUUGUUACGCCUUGCCGUUGCUUGACAGGAUGCUGUACUGUUGAGAUUUUGCGGAGACUGUGAAAGAAACCAGGCAGCGUACUAAUGCGUCUAUGAACUGAGCAAAUGUCACGCGCUCCAAAACAUCUGUUGACCUCUGAUCGUAGUCGGGUCUUUUCAAACGUCUCCAAAUAGUUUUUCAACUUAAGAAGGAGGGGAAGAAUCGCCUGAAGGCUGGGCCAUCGUGAUAUCGCUACCACCGGAGGCUGGACCGUCGUGAGAAAUCAUGCGAUAACGUUGAGAAUUUCGUUGGCAUUUGUCCCUUAUCGCCCGCAAGAAAUGACCCGAAAAGCGACUGUAACUACGUCAGUCUACGCCCCGCCGUUACAUAUUAGGUUGAUAUAACAAUUUUUUAAGAAAUAAUUUCAACAAAAAGCUCUUUAUGCUCUUCGAUCUCUAAAUCAGUUGCUUGAAUAUUGAUACAAUCGCGACACACAAGAAUCACCCAGUCACUGUAGGAAAACACGAACGUUCGCGGUGACACACGGGAAAUCCCACGAAUUUAUUCAGACUCGUGUGUCGUACGUAUGCAUAUCACGUCUACUCGCUUGCAGUCCGGCGAAUUCAUGAACACCAUCUCUUUCUUGAAGUAACGGUCACCGCCGCCUCCGGUGCACGAGGGGCGAGAGAGGUUUCGGCGGAAAUGCGGGAGAAAGAGUACGUCGUCAGCGAGGCGAGCUCACACACCGCUGGAGUUGGGAGAUCCAGCAGAGAUCACGCUUCGAAAAGUGGCGCGACGUGGGGCGGACGGCUCAACGAGGUGGUGGGAGCGCUCGAACGUAACCCGCGCGCUUCGCUCAGCCGCGAGGGACGUCAGUUGGGGGCAAAAGAGGAGGCGGGGGUCCAGAACCCGCGGGCUUAGGCCGUCCCGGGCCGCUUACGCGCGGAACACGCGGUCCGCCGAGCCGCUGCGCGCGGCAUUACGUCGCGCACCGUCGACCGCGACUGACGUUCGCGUGAGAGAACCGACCGAUCGCCCCACCGACCUCGCGAUUAUAACGCAAUUCGCUAGGAGGAAAUGUCAAGAGUCGUUAUGUAGGAAAAGUGCGCUGUUCGAUCGAGUGUAACGCCGUGACGUUCUAGCGGUUUCGAGGAAUCGGUGUCAUCCGACAGCGACAACCUGUAGGAGUAGACAGAUGAUUAGGUGUCAUCGACGAUAGUGAUAGUCGAAGAAGAUACUCGAAUAGUGAUGGGUACGUUGGUGUCAGUUUGGGACGAUGUUGUCGGAUGUUAAGUGAACUGCAAGUCCCGACGGUGACGCUUUAAAUCGCUGGACCUGUCGCGCACAAAGUGCAACGGUACAUCUAGAGGAUCCGUAGGCAACAAUCACCGCCAAUCAUGGGACUAAAUCGAUACGUGGCUCCGCGAUAUUGAGAUUUCCACCUGUGACUAUGACAGUCCCGCGUUCGAUCAUGAGAAGCGGUGUGAUCAAGGAAGAGGAACGACUAAUCGAUCACGAACAACGAAGGAUCUGUUGGGGUAGCUGGUAGCAAGGUACGAAGACGGAACCGACUUUGGAGUCGCCUCCGUCCGUGAAGCAAGUGAAAUCACGACGUCCCGGCCGGGAGGUGCGUGCUUAGGCGACGAGGGGCGGCUACUGGCCGAUGGGAUGCAUCUACCGGUGGGUUCCGUGGCCUGCGGGGAGAAUUACGGCACCGUUGGAUCUCACGAAGGCGCUGGCCCGUGCGGUCCCUCCCUGGCGCCGCUGCAGGGUGUAAACAGCAGGUACCACCAGGUAGACGACGCCGACGCCGGGGGUGGAGGUGGCGAGAUGAGCGAGAGUGCCGCCGUCGGCGAACUAUGGUGGACCGAAAGGCUCGUCGGCGAGGCGCAAGCCGAGCAUCCUGGAGAACUUGUCAGGACGGGUUCACCGUACUUUCUGUGCAGUCAAUUACCGACUCACUGGCGGUCCAACAAAACCUUGCCAGUGGCGUUCAAAGUGGUUGCUCUUGGCGAGGUUGGCGACGGGACUUUGGUGACGGUCCGAGCUGGCAACGACGAGAACUGUUGCGCGGAGCUACGAAACUCGACCGCGCUGAUGAAGAAUCAAGUCGCCAAGUUUAACGACCUUAGGUUCGUCGGCAGAAGCGGCAGAGGAAAGAGCUUCAGCAUCACCAUUACCGUAUCGACGACGCCGCCCCAAGUGGCGACCUACACGAGGGCGAUUAAGGUGACCGUCGACGGACCGCGGGAGCCGCGAUCGAAAACGAGACAACAACAUCAGCAAUUCCGCGCGCUCGGCCUAGGACAAAGACCCUUCCUUGACGCGCCGACCUCGUUCAGGUCCCACCUGCGGGAACUUGAGUCCUUCGGGAGGAAUAAGCAUCACCAUCAUCACAGUAGUCACUUACACGACCAGCAGACCGGCAACAACGUCACCACGAAUUCGGUUAGCGGUGCCUGCACCAACCCCAACAACACCGACCCGACCGCAUCGCCGGCUUCCAGUACACACCUCGGGGCUACCGGCGGCUCCUCGGCUCAUCAGGAUUGCUACAAGCGCAGUCCUCAACACGGCGACACGGGUGUCGGUAGCACGGAAUGGGCUUACCCGUCCACAGCGCCGUCUUAUCCUGCGCCUCCAGUCAGCAGCGGUGGUUCCUACUCGCCUCUACCCGGCGGCGCGUUCUCGUAUCCCGGGGAGUCAUUGUCGCAUCAUCCCACGACGGAACCGGUGCCGCUGCCAACCGUGCUACCCUCGGAGAAUCAGCAAGACACCUACACGCCAAACUGCAUGUCCAUGUAUUCAGGACAUGGCACUUCGCCGACGUCUUUACCCUUGGUGCCGGCCAGACCCAGCGACCCCGACAUCUUCGCCGGGAGCGGCACGGGCAGCGGCAGCCCGGGUUACCACUACGGCUCGUGGACACCUGGCCCCGCUACUCCGGUCCCAGUGGCCUCCCACAAUUACAACCCCAAUUAUCAAGGCUACUACAACAAUCCGAGUCAGAAUUACAUCAGUCCGCCGCCCAUGGUCCUCUACCCUCAGCUAUAUAGCACUGUGAAUCAAAACCAGAUACACCUGCACCUGCAUGGUGACAUCAGCGAGGAACAGGUCACCAUAGCCGGCAGCAAUCUUACCAUCAGUAGCAUCCGAGAGAUCGGCGUGCUCGGCGAGGAGAGCGAGCAGAGGAACGACGUGUGGAGGCCGUACUAGAGAGAAAGAGAGAUAGGGAGAUCCCCGCUGCAGUGCGAUCGAAACCGUCGCCGAUGAGUGCCGUGCAUGAAUCACAGUGCGCGAGCUUUCGAUUGUGGCAAUGUAAGUAGUCCGUAGUUAGUGCUGUGACAAUGUAUAAGCGUUGACUCUCGGGAACGGAGGUAGCGAGUUGUGCGAUUUUUUGACAGAAAAAAUGUGCGCGAGAUCGUCGUCGGGACUCUCCCAACCGUCUGUUGUCGCGCGAAUUAUCGCGGCUGCGAGUAAAAGCCGCUGGAGUGAACGAUAUCCGAUGUUUCGCAAUAAUGAUGGUGAACGUAAAUGAGAAUUGUGAGGCCGUAUGUCGCGAGUGUGCAACAAAAUGAUGUCGAACUUUGUCGAAAAAAAUAAAAAAAGAGAAAAGAGACUCAUCGACUUGUGAAAAGUGUUGAGGAGCAAUGGGGAUCUCAUUAAUCGAAACGUGAAACUGAUCACAGUGACGGUUCUUCGGGUGUACGCGAAUUAAAGUGGUACUCUCAUCUUGUCACGGCGGACGUUCGUUCCAUUCCGCAAUUGUAAAUCGUACCAUAGAAGUGUCAUUUGAUUCUCGACCAGCGAAAAAAAAUUAGUCAGACGCUGUAACGUUGUAAAUACACAGAUAUUUUCAGAAACGAAAUAAAAUCUUGCCUAACAGGUUCCUAA